GAGGACUUACGAACAAAUUAUCUUCAACUUGCAUGUUAUAUUAAACAAACCAAUCAUCAAUAGUGCAUGAGUAAGUGACGCUGAACAAGAUGAACAUGGCAUGCUGAACAAGAUGAACAUGGCAUGCCGUGCCAUGUCGGCCAGAAAACAAACAAAUUUAUGCCCUUCGCUAGAUUUGCAGCCAAAGAAAUAGAUUAUAAAUUUAUAAACACGAAUAUUCUACAAUUAUCGAGGACCAUAAGCUGAUGAUAUAUAUAUAUAUAUAUAUAUUUUUUUUUAAAAUAAGCAACGCUGUGAUGUUUGGGCAUAUCGAUAUCGAUGGAGUUGGUCUCACACAGUAAUUAUGUGAUUUCAGUUACAGUUUUUCUUUUGUCUCGAACUUCUUUUAUCUCAUAACUGCAUGGUACAUCCGUACAUAAAGGUAGAUUUUUCCCAAACUUAUAGUACUUCUUUCUUUCUUUGGAAAGAACACACCAGAGACGUUGGUUUAAAAAACCGAGUUUUAUUUCGUUUUGUAGCAAUUGCAAUUAUAUGAAUGUUAUGUCUAGCUCUAUAAUAUUUGAAUUUCAGUUGAUAGUUGCUUCUCUGUCAAUAAGAUUAUGAUGAAGUUUCACCAUCUUAUAAUUUUUCUUAACUAGUGUAAUAUAAGAUCCACGAAUUUUCUGUAAACAAAUGUGAAAAAAAGUUGAAAGACCUGCAGAAUCUACACACAUCAAGCGGAAAUGAAAGGCGUUCAACAAAAAAAUCAAGAAGAAAUGGAAAGAAGUAAUCACCACACGUUGAGCUCCAACGAUUAUUAUAAAGUUUCAUCAAACGGAUGAUAGCAAAAAUAAAACAAAAACAUAAACUAAUUACAAAAAAUAAAAUAAAACAUAAUCAUAUAGGAUCGAAUUCGAAUACAAUGAUAAAAAUGAGAAACAAUAGAUUUUACCAUGUGUUAUUAGUAUGUGAUAUUUGCUCUUAGGAAAUGUCGGAUAGUAUAUAUUUUAAUGUUGUUCUGUUAACACUACUAAUGUAAUAAUAUGUAUUUUACUGUUUCUACGUACAUAUUCUGAAUAUAAUCCUUCAUUCGGAAUACUUGUGUGAUUAAAGAAAAAUCGAUGAUUAUUCGCUUUUAUAUUAAGUUCACGUAUGAAUCAACUUUGAAAUAUUCGUGAUGUAUUAUAAUUCUUCAGGAGCAAAUAAAGUAUAUGUAAUGAAUUCAACCAACAUAAGCGAUGAUGAAGUAAGCACAGUCGUAUGAAACGUAAAAAGGAUAGAUCACGUCCUAGAGCAGCAAAGGCUGCCACAUGGUUUGUUAUUGUAGAAUACUUGAGAGUUGAGAUUAUAAGUUUAUAGUAUUAGGAUUCCCUUAAUUAUUAAGUACUUAUCUUAUGUACCCAGUAUGUCAUGGCCUAAUAAAUAUAUUUUCGUGUCUUGCAUUUCUUUAACAAAAACAAGUGUUUUGCGUUUGUAUGCAAAGACAUAGCUAAAAUAAGUAAACUCAAAUUAAGUCAUAGUUGCAAAAAAACAUUACAAAUUUAUAAAUACAGUUGUGAAUGCAACUUUUUUCCUUACUCAUCUUACAAACAAAUUUAAUUUGCAAAUGUAAGCACGAAACAACCAUACUGAAAUGAAAAUAACUGAUUGGUCUAAAAUUUAGAAACCAAAAAUAGAUGUAUAUGUUAUCCCGAUAUUUGACUGGAUUGAUAAAAUAUAUGCGUAACUUAAAAUUAUUGGUUUCUUAGUAUAUGUUUCUGGGCGGCAAGAUGAUAAUUCCAUCGGUCUUUGUCUACCAGAUGUUAGAGACUACACGAAACAUCGUCGACAAGGAGAAUCUAGUCCUCAUGGUUUCUUUUAUUCCACAAAACAAAUAUGUAUUCGACGUAAAAGUUAAAAACUGUUUUUAUUCUUCCAUUAAUUAUUACUCCAACCUUAAACAAACGUGGUUUUAGUCGUUACAACCAAAACUAUCCACAAUUGAGCUGACACACGGCCGAUAACUUUUGAUGUUGAAAAUGCAUAUGCAUAUGAUCAAACUCUUACAACUAGUAAGUAAAUUAAUCAAAUAUCAACAUUGAACACGCACAAUUCUUUAAAAAUCAGGAGUACUAAUCUUUUGAUUAACCUUUGUUAUGUAUGCAUGAAACCGAUAAGUUCUUGCCUAAUCUACGAAAAAGAAAACAUUAUAAUACAUCUAAAAACCCCUGAUAGAUUAGAUUGCGCAGCCCGCGAGUUGUUAUUUUUAAAUCAUUUGUUUAAUCUUCCCCUCAGCUGCCAUCAAUGAACCACACGAUCAUACCGUUGACUGAUGGUUUAUAAUAUAAUCUAACGGUUUAAAACCGAUGAAACACACGGGUACAGAUACACCCUUCCGCACCUGAUUAUUUAGAUUUUGAAUUAAAAAAACACGAGAUGAUGUUGCUUUGAAAGAGUCUCUCAUUGACUAGACUCUUUCCUAAUCCUAUAUAUACAUUCCCACUCUCUUCUCCACUGUCAAAUCAAAUCCUUUCUUUAUUAAAUCAAUCAUCUUCCUCCUUAGAUUCUCUGUUUCCUCCGCAAUGGCCACGCCAAGCGAAGCAUCAGCUCUUUCCUUCAUCAAGAAGCAUCUCCUCGACGAAUCUUCUCCGCUGCCUAAAGUCACCACCACCACCAAUCCAUGGAUCGCUUCGGAAACCAGCUCCGAUUUUUCAAUAUUCGGUUCAUUUGACCAAACCGGUUUUGAUUUUUCUGAAUUUGAGACUAAACCGGAAAUAACCGAUCUCGUGACGAAUGCUGAAAUUCAACUAGCAUCGAGCGAAUCUUUCACGUUCCAAUCGAAUCCACGCCGGAAACCGCCGUUGAAGAUCGAGCCGCCGAGCAGAACCGAGUGGAUCCAAUUCGCAACCGCAAAUCCUGAACCGGAGCAGCUUCCCGUACACGUGGCCGCAGAAGAGAAGAGGCAUUACAGAGGAGUGAGGAUGAGGCCGUGGGGGAAGUUCGCGGCGGAGAUCCGAGAUCCGAACCGUCGGGGAACUCGGGUUUGGCUCGGGACGUUUGACACGGCGAUCGAAGCCGCCAGGGCUUACGAUCAAGCAGCGUUUAGACUCCGAGGGUCAAAGGCCAUUGUGAAUUUCCCGCUUGAGGUAGGGACGUGGAAUCCACGCGCUGACGUUGGGCAGAACAAACGGAAGCGAGACGGAGAGGGAGAAGAGGUGACUGUUGUUGCGAAAGCGCUGAAGACGGAGGAGAGUCACGCCGUUGAGACAGAAACGUCGAGUUUGACGGCGGUAGAUGACUGGGAUUUGACGGAGCUUUUGAGCAUGCCGCUGUUAUCGCCGUUAUCUCCGCACCCUCCGUUUGGUUAUCCACAAUUGACUGUUGUGUAAAUGUUGACGUGGAACUACGGCGUACACGUGUUCGUGUGAUCCCUUGCUUUCUUUUGUUGCACACUCGAGGAAAAAUAUAAUUCAUUUAUUUGUUUUUUAUUUAUUAAUACGACUUUCAACUUUCAAGUUUCAA